AUGGAUUUUGCUUUGAGCAUUGGCGCGAAAGACGAUGAGAUUCGUGAUCUCCGGCGCGAAGUCGCCCGACUGAAUCGGGUGAACAAUAACUUGAACGCACGUCUACAGAAUGAAGUCACGGCUUAUGAGGGGACUAUCUCGGACCUUCAGGAGGAUCUACGCUCUGCCCGGCAGGGACGAACCCUGUUAGAAUCGAAUCUUGAAGAUGCUCUGCAUGCCGCGAGUAAGCAUCAGGAGGCGUGUGCGCGUACGGAGGCCGCUCUUGCCCUCGCUCAACAACAGAGGAAGGAUGAGACGGAAGGGAAGGAGGAUGCGGCAAAGGAGGCUCUGAUUGAGGCGAUGGAGGAAGCGGAGAGGCGGUUCAGGAUAGAGCUCGCAGCUGUGCUCGGUCAGAGAGAUGCACAAAAGGAGGUCACUGCCAGAGUUGAGCGACUAUUACAAGACUCCAUUGAUCGAACCAAGGCAGAGGAAGAUGGACGACUACGGGCGGAGAAUGCCCUCACGAGGCUUCAGGCGGAGUACGCAUUUACGAAGGAUGCUCUCUCAAUAUUGCGCAAAGACUUUGCGGCGCAAACCGAUAAGGUCACGCUACCGCAGGCCCAGAUAGCCGAUAAUGCGCAUGGGGCCGGGCUAAUGGCUAGUGGCGAGGUGAAACGUACCGAGGUACUCGCGCCGAUACAUGAAGAAGAACGAUCAACUAUAAUCGCAGACCUCCACAGACUGCGUACAGAGCUCUCGGAAGCUCGAUGUGCUCGUGAAAAAGGCUUGAGGGCGCAAGCACAAGGCGGACGCGAGCGAGCCCAGAUGAUACUCGAGGUGCUCAAGACGCCGGUUCCUAAGCUGGGCCUUCUCAAUGGGACUCUUCUAACGCCGUAUCGGGUAACGGUGGCGGCUGAUGUGAAUCCGGAACGUUUCGUAGCUUAUGAGAGCAUCUGCGUGAUGCCUGAAUAUGAAGGGCGCUCAUUUGAGGAGCUUCGUUGGAACGACUACCAGAUGGGUUGCACGUCCUCUGACGGAGCCUUUCGGCUCAGAGCAUGA